AUGAGUUCUGCUAGCAAGGCCACGCAGCAGCUCGCUUCUGAAACGACAACCAAGAAGAAAUUUGGGAAGAAUCUGAACAAAUUGACAAAACCCCCAGAGCCCAGUACUUCCUCCGCUCCGAAGCAAAACUCUGCUUCUCGCAAUGGUCUCUUGUUGCUCUCGACAAAACGAGCAUCUUCUAACACCGGAGCAGCAGCAUCAUCCGGUGGAAUUUUGUCCAACAAAUCAACUCAGCCGAAUGCAAAGCCUCUUCCGGUUCUUGGACUUCAGUACGAAUCAAACACAUCGACUCAUGACGCCUUACUUGGAGCUGUAGUCGGAGCAUCUCGGGCAGAAACAGAGCAACCUGAUGCAUGGGGUGUCGCAGAUAAGAAAGAUGCAUCCGAAGAAGGGAUUGAAACAGCUGGAGGUGAAACCACGAAAACGUCGGGUGUAAACGUUGAGCCGGCAGAGACAAUCACUCGAAAUGCGGGGGAGGAUAGCAGCCCAACGAAAGAAUCCAAGGACAACGAUGAUGCUGAUGGUCCAAAUUGGGAUGAAUAUGGUGGUCGGAAUCUUUCUCCUGAGAAAAAGGCGCAAGGAACUUUGGCCAACACGGAUGAUGAUUAUCAGGUUUCGUACAUGACAACAAGGGCUAAAGAACGUUCCGAACAACGUAGAUCUGAAGAGGAGGCACGAAUGAAUCUGCAAAAGGAGCGUGCAGACCAAAGACUCAAAGAGUUGGAAGAGAAAAUGGGCAAUGGUGACACCGAUGACGAACCGCCUCGCCAGAGGACGCUUUAUGACCCCAACCGCCCUUACAACUCUGGUGGAAAGAACGGUCGAGACAACGGAUCUUCCGAUGUGGAUUUUGUGAGGAGAGGAAGGGCCAUGAGUGCCGCUUCUGACGACAGUCGUGACAUGAAGGUUAAUCAACAACCUGUGAUCAAGCUCUCCAGUUAUGACGACAGAGAUCGUGGUUCAAGUUCUGGACCCCGAAUGCUGUUUGACCCCAAAAGUGGUUCGAUGGUAGCUGUGUCAUCCAGAGAGGAUUCCAACAAGGGCAGAGGCCGCAAAGAACGAAAGAAAGGAAGAAAUGGACGGGACAAGGACUCCAAAGCAGAAGGUAGAGCUGAAAGUGACGUGUCAAAAGCUGCUCGAAAGGGAAAGUCGCGCAAAGACGACUCAACAAAUCAGCAGACUUCUUCUUCCGACUCUAAACGCGGUCGCAACACUUGUGGCAAGAGACUUCCCCGAACCUGCGGAGUGUUGUACAGGAAAGACAGCAAGGGACAUUAUGUUUGCUCAGAUGGAGCUGAUGGCGACCUUGGUUACGGCGCGCACAGUGUACCAGGAGGAAAGUCGAGGAACCCAGAUUCAUAUGCACGUGUGAUGAAAGAGAAGAAACGCGCUACUGGGGAACGCAAGAAUGUAGACAAGCAGGAUGACUCACAACUUGAUGACCCGGCCUCACCGGAAGCGAAUCCAGCACCUGAAAUUACACUGCAGACUGGGUUGACCACCGGUGAAACAGAAUCUUUGCAUGGUUGGGUAUUGCCCAACGAAAAGAUAUCCUUAGUUACAGGACACGAAGAAUCUCCUGUGCUCCAAGCAACUGCAAAGGCAUGGGCGCCAAGUGAAGCUGCCCUUUCAGCAGCUGCAAAGGCUGCAGCUGAGAGAACUGUGACUGUCGGUACAUCUGUUCAAUCAACAGAGGAAGUAGUUGACGACGAAGACGACGACGAUGUUCCUCUGGGACUUGGAUUCGAUCCAACCUUACAUAUGGAUUCUAUGAUGCAGUCGCCGGCGGCUGAGCCUGCUGCUGAUUUGGAUCCUGUUGAUUUUACUGCCCUUUCCCUCGAACCUGCGAUGCAGACUACCGCUCAGAACACUCAUAGCAUUUUCGCGUUCGAGUCUGGAUCCACAUGGGGAACUGGCAACACAGGCGGUGCUCACAGCGAUUGGGGUAUGCCAUCGUCAGGUGGCAAUAUCUUUGCAAACACUGAUUCAGGUGGCGGUCCUGGUGUGCCGACUUCUUUCCUUUCCCUUGCAACUUCUAAUACCUGGGGGAACGCUCUGUCUGGACCUCGCCUGAAUGAGCACGCUGGACAAACAACUACUGGUGAUUAA